CAGAACACAGCUCGCAGGAGCAGUAAUAUCGAUCGAUCCGUGGAGUCGGAAGCCCGACAGGUCCCGUUCCGGGUGCGGGGGCGAGAGUGAACAGGAGAGCGGGAGCAUCGAACAGGCUCAGGCUCCGAGGAGAGAGAGAAAGAGAGGGUGAGCCGCAAGUGGAAAAGCUCCCCUAUAAAGCAGCCAGAUCAGCCGGCCAGCUGCCCGGGCACGGAUCGCUCUCCCGCGCUGUUCAAUCGACGAUCCUGCCGCUGUUCAUUCCGCCACCGGUCUUCUCUUUUUCCCUUCUUCCGUUUUUUUCCUUCCUGUUUCCACUUUUGAGCUUCCGUUCUCUUCUCGCAGAUUGCGGCGAGCGUGGCCUUGAAAUUCAGUGACAGUGCGAGUCUGACCUUGGGCAAGAUCCUCCGUCAAGGCUGCUGGUAGAUAGGUCGAUGGUGUCGGUUAUCAGCUGACCUACCGGCGACUCUAUGCUCCAACACGCUUAAACGCAUAUAUGAACGUGUGUAAUUUUAUGUAACGCAAACGCGGAUAUUCGAGAAGAAAUACAGAAAGAAAUGAAGAUGCGUAGAAAGUCCGCUCCACUAAAGAGAUUUAAUUAACUUUGAAUGUCGAUGGAUUCGAUUCGGUAGCCAUGAGAAAAUGAAGAAGCGAUUGAUAUCGAGAUUAUAUCGAUACAGAGAAUGGAAGAAGCAUCCUCAAGAAUUCGUCCUUAUCUGGACUGGGAUAAUGACGACAAAUACUCAGUAGCGAAUAGUCAAGCGCCCUUGCAGGACGGCGAAGACGAACACCCGGAACGCGGAACCUGGACGGGAAAAUUUGAUUUUCUGCUGUCCCUUCUGGGAUACAGCGUAGGCCUCGGAAAUGUUUGGAGAUUUCCGUAUCUUUGUUACUCAAACGGUGGAGGUGCUUUCCUGAUACCGUUCACCGUGAUGCUCAUUAUCGCCGGAUUACCGCUUAUGUUUAUGGAGCUUUCCUUAGGACAAUACGCCAGCCUUGGACCAGUGGCGGCUUACAAGCAGUUCUGUCCUUUGCUUUGCGGCUUGGGAUACGGAAUGGUUCUCGUCAGUUCCGUUGUCAUGCUCUAUUAUAAUUUAAUUAUUGCCUGGACGCUGUAUUACAUGUUUGCCUCGGUCGUUGGUGGUUGGGAGCUGCCUUGGAGCAAAUGCGAGAAAGAGUGGAGUACCGAGAAUUGCUUUAUGCCAGACGACGCCGAGGCUUGUCAUUCUCAAAACGGUUCCUACUUCAAAGGAAAAUGCCUCAAUUCAAGUCAAAUGACUGCGAUGGGGCUGAUGAUUGAGAACAUAACCAGCGCUAUUAAGAAACCGCCGGCAGAGGAGUACUUCAACAAUUACGUUUUGGGGAUUAGCAGCGGCAUCGAGGAAACUGGAUCGAUUCGACUGUCCAUGGCAGCUAGUCUCUUCCUGGCGUGGAUCAUCGUGUUUCUUUGUCUGAGCAAAGGUGUUCAAAGCUCAGGCAAAGUCGUGUAUUUCACCGCUCUUUUUCCAUACGUCGUUUUGAUUAUUCUUUUUAUUCGUGGAAUUUUACUUCCUGGUGCUAACGAAGGUGUGCUUUUCUAUCUCACUCCCAAUUGGAAAAGACUGAUGUCCGCCAAAGUAUGGGGAGAUGCCGCGGUACAGAUCUUCUUUGCUCUGAGCCCGGCUUGGGGAGGUCUAAUCACUUUGAGUUCGUACAACAAGUUCACCAAUAAUUGUUACAAAGAUUCUUUAAUCGUGGCGAUCAGCAACAUCGGCACUUCCUUCUUCGCCGGCUUAGUGAUUUUCUCAGUAAUCGGUUUCCUUGCUCAUGAACUCGACGUGCCGGUGGCGUCUGUGGUGGAUGAAGGCGCCGGUUUGGCAUUUAUUGUUUAUCCGGAGGUUGUAGCUCGUCUGCCGGUCGCGCCCGUCUGGUCGUUAUUAUUUUUCAUCAUGUUACUCACUUUGGGUCUCGAUUCGCAAUUUGCACUUAUGGAGACUGUUACUACGGCGAUACUCGACGGUGUUCCCGCAUUGAGAAAUUACAAGACUUGGGUUGUUCUGGGAGCUGCAGUGGUCGGCUACGCCGGUGGCAUUAUUUUCACCACUAACGCCGGUAUGUAUUGGCUGCAACUAAUGGACAAGUAUGCAGCCAACUGGUCCGUUUUGCUGAUCGCUAUAAGUGAAUGUAUUCUUGUGGCAUGGGUGUACGGCGCCGAUCGCUUUCUCGACGACGUUCAGCAGAUGAUCGGGCCCCGUAGUCGUUUGUGGAGAUUCUUCUGGACGUGGAUGUGGAAAGUCAUUACGCCCGCUGCGCUGCUGUUCAUCCUCUUUUUUAAUUGGGUGAAGCAUGAGCCGCCCAAGUACGGUACUUACAUUUAUCCCAUGUGGGCGGACGUGUUGGGCUGGGUGAUCAGUAUACUUCCCGUUUUAGUCAUUGUCGGACUAGCCAUAGAUCAGCUGAGAGGACGACGUCGACGAUCACCUUACGAUGAUGACGACGAGGACGAUGACGACGAGGACGACGAAUUUGACAGUAACGGGCCUUGUCGAGGAACAGGAAGGCAAAAGAGCAAGAGCAAGGAUAAAAGUAUAUGGAGCCGCAUAAAAAUAUUAUUGCAACCGACGUCUAAUUGGGGCCCGGCCUCGCGGAAUUUGACACCCUCCAGAACUUUGACGCAUACACUUUCGUCAGGACCCCCGGGAGCAUAUGAUUCGGUGCGAGACACAAUCGUUUUGGUGAACGGUCAACCGAUGAUGGUGCAACCGACCAUCGCCACUGCUCAGAAACUCCCUGGACCAUCAAUUCUUAAAAAUUCUAGUAAAACCGAUCUGAUUACGUCGCAGCAAGUGUGACGCGACGUUCGUUUUAUCGACGACGAAUACACGGAUUAAUCGCGCUAAAGGUACAGUGCCCGAUGUAAAGUAAGCCUGUCUGCGAAACUGGGAAGAAAUGAAAGUAUUUUCGACAGUUUUACAUGUUCCGUAAUUCCCAAAUUGCCAAUGGUAAGAUAUUUUAUUAUUAUUCAAUUUGAUUGAAAAGUUUUACAUUGGAUUUUUGUAUGCUAUUAUUCUAUCAAAAGUUAUGCAACUUUUAUUGGAUUUGAUUGUAGUUGUUCGA